UCGAUCGAUUCGUUUGAUUUGAGGUUCUCUCGAGCAAAAGCUAAGUUCAGUGCCUUGUGAGUAGUUGCUUAGUGAACUGCAAAAAUUGGCAUUUGAUACAGGAACAAGGUGCAGUAAAAGAAAAUGGCAGAGGGAGAUGAGGAUUUGCCAAGGGAUGCAAAGAUUGUUAAAACAUUGCUAAAAUCAAUGGGUGUUGAUGACUAUGAACCUCGUGUUGUACACCAAUUCCUAGAACUGUGGUACCGAUAUGUUGUUGAUGUUCUGUCGGAUGCACAGGUCUACUCAGAGCAUGCUGGGAAGGCUGCAAUUGACACUGAUGACGUCAAGCUUGCAAUUCAGUCCAAAGUCAAUUUUAGCUUCUCACAACCUCCACCACGAGAGGUACUUCUAGAGUUGGCAAGGAACAGAAACAAAAUCCCAUUGCCGAAGUCGAUAGCAGGACCUGGAAUCCCACUCCCACCCGAACAGGAUACGUUGAUGAGCCCUAACUUCCAACUUGCAAUCCCAAAGAAGCAAACUGGUCAGGCAGUGGAAGAAAUGGAGGAGGAUGAAGAAGGUGUUGUUGAUCCCAAUCCCAACAUUUCCCAAGAGCAGAAAACAGAUUUGCCGCAAAGUACUACUCCUCAACGAGUAUCCUUUCCCCUUGGAACUAAACGUCCAAGGUGAGGUGUGCAAUUUAUCCUAUCUCGGCAGGAUAUCCUUUAGUAUCUAUAAUGUAAACAGAAAUGCAGAAAGGAGUUCUAUUGUUUUAAGGAUUUUGCAGUACCUAUACUGCAAGGCUUUAUGUAAAAAGUCAAAGAAUGAUUUGUUUGGCAAUGUUAGACUGUACUUGAGUCA